GAAACUGAAGUCAGUUGGAAUGGAAGUCCACACUGUAACAUGUGAGUAUAUAAUUACUGCUUUCUAUGACAACUAUAUAUUUUGGGUACAUCUGUCCAUCUUGUCUAUCUGUCUUGUUUGUAUACCCUAUCUUAUCAAUUUGCCCAUCUUGGCUUUCUGACUGUCUUGGUUUUCAGUUUAUUUUCUCUGCAUAUAUAUAUAUAUAUAUAUAUAUAUAUAUAUAUAUAUAUAUAUAUUGUGUCUUAUAUAUAAUUACACUUUCACAACAUGAGUAAUAUUUUUUUUAACAUUUCUUCUUUCAGAAUAAACAUAGAUUAAUUUUUAUUUACUCUGCUUUGAAAUACUAACCAACAUCUUAUUUUCUAAAGGUGAAAAUGCAGAAGCAGCUCGUGCAAACUUGCCGUUGCCAUCUCUGAGUGUUUAUGUAGGUGACUAUAAUAUUUCAUAAUUUAACCUUGUGUGCGUGCUAAACACAUAAAUACACAUAUAGAAUAUUACAACUUAUGCAUGAGUAUUAAAAGUGCUACCUAUAUUGAAUACUUAUCAUAGAUUUUCCAUUUUGACCUAUAAUGAAAUCUAACCUUGUGAAAAUGAUUUCAUAAUAUAUUGUCUCUUUAAAAAAAUAAAAAUUAUUAUUUUUUUUUAAAUAAAAUUACAUUAAUUUAGUAGAGAGAUGCAAUACAUAUAUUACUUAAAAUGAUAAAGUGGAUUGAAAGGAAAAACAAAAGAAUGUGAUUAUUUUUUACAGAAAGGCAAUGGCAAUGAACAUUGUCCUCAUAUUGUCUCAAUAUGCAAGAAUUAGAAAAAUGAUUUAUUUUAAAAAAAAUAAUAAAAUGGAUGAUUCUAAUUAUUUUAUUGAGAGUAAUAUGGCAGAGUAAGUGAUGACUGAUUGUUAUUAAUAUGUUAAAGAGAGAGCCGUUGGUUGAUGAAAAAGAUAUAUUUUGCAUGUAGAUACUAGGGGAUAUAUGAUGUAAUAUUUUUAUUUAAUAAUGAUUUUUGGAACUGCCAUAUCCACUGGUAAAUCCUGAGAAAGAUUGUCUGGGAUAUUCUUCCAUAUACUGUUGUAUAUUUAAAAAUGUAUAUAUAAUAUAAUUUUUAUUACAGGCAGUACCGAGUUCAGAAAAUGAAUUCAUUGUAGCUUCAAAUUUAAGAACAAAUCAAGAUGUUGCUGAUUUCUGGCAAAUAAUUUUGGAAAAAAACAUAAACCAAAUUGUCAUGCUUUCUGCAAAUGACAAGGUGCGUUAAUUUAUAAUCUAUUUUCUUUUGUAUAUUGAGGGUUGAAAAUGUCCACUAACUGUCCACCGGAUAGAUAAACAAAUUUAGCAGUAGCGUGAUGCCUUCUUCAUUUAUAUAAAUCAGUUAGAUAUGUAACCUUUACACUAUUGCACUAGUAACUUGUUCAUUCUGUCUUAAAAACCUAUGGUGUAUUUCUGGACUUUUUUUAUCUCACAUAGUUUAUAUAAUGUAGAUAUGUUACACUAGUUUUUAUUGAGGUGAGGUUGGGCCCAAAAUAUGUCUACUCUGGUUGGAAUAGACAUGUCCUGUUCGUCACAUCCCAGAACAGGAGAGACCUUCCUGACAGAGGGGAGUGGGUAAUAAAGGCAAAUUGUCUAUUAUUUUAUUAUGACUCAAUUAAAUAAUUAUUUUCUGAGAACAUUUUACACCUGAAGAAUGAUUUGUCAGGGAAUGUGAAGUACAUGAUAAGGGUUCCUGUCAAAACAGUUUAUAUACCAUUAAGACACCUAUUUCAAAUACCUUAUACUACAGUAAGUGACCUGACUCUGUACUUUAACUUCAUCAUAUCAGAUCCUAGCAAGAGUAACCUAGGUCCCCCAUAACCAUGAAUUUGCUUGGUUCCAUUAGCCAUCCUAUGUGAAGAAUAUAGGGAGGGGCCCAAACUGUUAACCUGCCUAAUGGCCCUGUAGGAUCUUCUCAAUAUCAUUCUCAAUAUCAGAUGUUCAUAUAUAACUGUCAGGCCCACACUUACCUUUUCCUGGCUCCUGAGCAGUCCACUGCUAACUAGUUGCGGGAGCCGCUAUGUUGCAAGGAGAACUGGGCACACAAACACCAGCAUCUCCCAGAGUUCCCAGUCCACCACGCUCAAGCAUCCACCAGGAGAUGUAUUCAGUGGGGUCUGGAGUGAGGUAAAUGUUUGUCCCAGCCUUUGUAGGGAGGCAUGGCCAGGUUCUGUCUUUAGAUUGGUUGACUGCCAACACUUUACUGUGGUAGCCAAUCCAGUUAAACAGCAGAGUGAAAGAGCCAGAGGGGGUAUACCCUAUGUUAAAAAGUCCAGCACAGACUGAGAUGGUUGCUGGGUUGUCCUAUGUUAAAGGUACAGUAUAGUGGUGUCUCUUCCUGCUUACUAUUGUGAUAUUUACCUUUUCAAGACUCUGACCCCUGAUAUAAAGUGGCCAGAGUGCCUAUAGUGCCCCUUCAAAGUUUUUAUUAAAUUUUUAUUAUAGCCAAAUUAUAUACUUAUUUGAUUUUUAAUUACAUUUUUAAUUGAUUAUUGAUUAUUACCUACUAUGUGCUUUAGGUGGAAAGCAAAAAUUAUUGGUCCAGAAAUAAAACAAAUACACAUGGGGACAUAAUGGUGACUGCUGUGUCAAGUACUGACCUUAACAAAUGGACCAUCAGAGACAUAAAAGUCACAAAUGUGAGUAUACCUGACAUCUGAGUAAUCUUUGCUAAUAGAUAAUAAUAAACAUUGUCUUAUGAUUUAGUAAAUGUGACAUCAAACUCCAUCAAUGGACUGACUUGCUCUUGUGCUAUUCACAAAAUAAUUAUUUGAAAAACAGUUAUAAAAAGAACAUAGAUUUUAUAUUGCAUUUAUCCCAUCAAUAUAAAGUUGCAGUAAUAAGAAGACUUGUUUGAACUGCAAUUCAUCUUAAUUUGGGCUGAUUGGGUGAUCCACAAACUGCUAGCCAAAAUGUAGAAGAAUCACGAGCAAACAGAAACAUGCAUUGGACGAGCAUGUGUGUUUUGAUUCAUGAUCCUAAAUUCCGUCUGUGGCAUCAAGAAGAUGCUUUAUGGCUACAAUACAGUAACUUAGUGUUUAUUUUAUUCACAGAAAUGAGGAGCGAUAAAAGAGCUAUAUUUAUAUAUAUAUAUAUAUAUAUAUAUAUUUUUAUAUAUAUAUAUAUAAAUAUAGAUUUUUUUAUUGAUUCACGUCUUUCCCUCUAUUAUUUUUUUGAACUUGAUCUGUAACACAAAUGGCAGAAAAAAUGCUCCUAUUAGUGUACUGCAAAAUAUAUACAUCAUAUUUAUAUUAUUCAUAUAUUUUGCAGUACAACUGAUUGGCACAUUUUUGAACCCUUUCGGUUCAUCUGGUUUAUUUCCUGAAUCAGUUUUUUAGUAGUAAAAUUAUUUUGAGCAAAAUCGACAUAUGGCUGAAAUUCUUCCACCUUGGAGAAAAAAAAUAUUUUUAAAAAAUUGGUUUGGCUGAGCACAGAUCUUACCUAUCCACUGUGUUAAAGAUUGCAUUUGAAGCUGCAUAAUAAUACAAUUUUCUCAUGAGCACAAAAGCAUGAUCAUUAUAAUGCAUCACUUCCAACAGUUCUAUGAAAAUCUUUUAUGUUCUGUUGGAGCCGGAUUCUCUAGAUUUUUAAUUUGAAGGCUCAUGUCUACUAGUCUUCUAGUAUUGAGAUUUUUAAGAACAAAUCCUUUACAUAUAAAGUUUUCCUUUAAAAAUUAUCACUCUCCAAUAAAAAUGUCUUUUAAAAAAAUGCAUGACAUUAACCCUAAGCACAAGGUGCAAGUUGACCCUCCAGUGGUAACAGCCGUGACAGUCUCCUGAGCUUAAUAUCAUCAAACCACUCUGGGGAGAUCUCAAAUGUGCAGUUCAUGCAAGACGACCAAAGACUUUGUAUGACCUGGAGGCAUUUUACCAAGACGAAUGUGCAGCUAUACCACCUGCAAGAAUUUGGGGCCUCAUAGACAACUAUUACAAAAGACUAUGCGCUGUCAUUGAUGCUAAAGGGGACAAUACACACUAUUAAGAACUAAGGACGUGCAGACUUUUGAACAGGGGUCGUUUCAUUUUUUUCUUUGUUGACUUGUUUUUUUUUUUAUAAUUGUGCCAUUCUGUUAUAACCUACAGUUGAAUAUGAAUCCUAUGAGAAAUAAAAGAAAUGUGUUUUGCAGCUCACUCAUGUUACAUGGUACAUAUAUUACCAAUUCUCCAAGGGUAUUCAAACUUUUCAACACAACUGUAUAUAUAUUUUUGCAUGUAUAUAAAAAGUAACAAAAAGAAAAGACUAUCGAAGAUCUGUAUUACACAAUGUAACGCUUGCUUUCUUUAACAGUAAACAAAACAGCUAUAACGUUUUCAUUCCAGUAUAGGUAUGACUGAAUUUUGUUUUGUUUUCUUACUCAGGAAAAAGAAAAUAUAAGUCGACAACUGCAGCAGUUUCAGUUUACGGCAUGGUCUGGGUUUAAUGAUGAACAAACAAGAAAAAGUUUCAUAUCCUUUGUGCUAGAGGUCCGAAAGCGUCGAAAGCAAAGCAUAGUGGCAACUGCUACACUGGUUUACUGCAGGUACCACAAUAGAACAACCCAGGCAUUAUUAUUCCCUAUUUGUAAUUCCUAUUAAAUACCAUAUUGAUGUCUCUAUGUACUAACAUUUUCUGUAAUGUCUGUUCAUGAAAAAAAAUUACCACCUUUUUCCAAUAGCCAUAUUAUGCUGUUCAUUCUCAUAAAUUUGCCUGCUAUUACUUUCCCUAUUUACCAGCCAUUAUUGCCCUAAACCUUCUCCUAUUAACCAGAUGUUGGUAAGGGUGGGCUUUAAGAACGUUUAUAAACAAAAUGAUUAAUACACUAAAAUGUGAAUAGGGUGGGGCGUGGCCGAGCAUGCGACAGGACGUGUAGAGACCAAGCUCCUCACCCCCUGGCCAUAAAAUAGCGAUUAUUCAGCGGCCUUAACGUUUAAAAAUGGUCAGAAAUAAAAAAACACAGGCUCUGGGUGGCUCCCCACGCCGCCACACGGGCACGAUGGACGAUUUUAUCUGCACCCCGAGUACACAGGGCAGCUUCGGGCCGCCGGACAAAAUGGCGCCCGGAUCCCCGAGCCAGGACAGCAUGGGGGACUCCCUCCCAGAUGACACACUGGCCCAGAUUAAGCAGGAGCUGGCCAUGAUCUCCACCCAUAUGCUCACCAAGGCAGACUCGGGCGGCCUUCUACAAGAGCUUCGGACGGCGAUCAGGGAGGAGAUCACGGCCCUGCGGACAGACUUGUCGGCGGUUGAAAUGAGGGUGGAGGCCCUGGAGACCGAGGCGCAAGCAUGCCGCACGCAGCACCGGGCCGCGGAACUGGUCACCACACGACAGGGGAACGUACUGCUCUCCCUGCGACGCCAGGUCGAAAAUCUGGAGAACAGGAGCCGGCGGCAAAAUAUUUGGAUCCGGGGCCUCCCGGAGCCGGACGCAACCCCGCUGCCAGACACCCUGAGGGCCCUCUUCCGACAGAUCUUGGGCCAGGAGGGCCCCAAAGAGAUCCAGUUGGACCGCGUUCACAGGGCACAAGGGCCCCAACGCCCGGAUGGAAGGCCUCGUGACGUCCUUUGUUGCCUCCACACGUACAGCACUAAGGAGAAGCUGAUGGCGGCGGCCAGGGGCAUGACGAGCAUACAGUUCCGGGGCUCGGAGGUGUCCCUCUAUCAGGACCUCUCCGGCCUCACGUUAGAUGCCAGGCGUGCCCUCCGGCCCCUCACGACCACUCUGCGAGACAAGGGGGUCCCCUACCGGUGGGGAUUCCCCUUCAGCCUACAAAUUAAGCACGGCACCACGUGGCUCCAGGUGCGCUGGCCCGAUGACAUCCCGCGGGCACUGCGGACCCUUCGACUGCCGAACAUCCGGGUCCGUAAUUGGCUUCUGGAUACCCCACUGGCACCCCGACAGGACCCGGACGUAGACGACCGCCCGCCCGCGCCCCGGAGAGCAGAGGCCCAGUCACCCCAGAUGUGGGGCGGACCGAGUGGCGCAGAGGAGUAACGGAGAGCAAGGAGCACAGGUGGCCCGGAAUCAACCGGACCACAAGGUACUGGGGUGGUCCUGGGUAAGGGGGUGAAGCUACCCAUAGCGGUGAUAGGUUAGCAUAGGUGGGGAGGGAGGACGAAGCAGCCCCUGGAACAAUAGCGGAACCCGGUCCCCUGCCCCGCGACACCCGGGUAUCUGUGAAUGCGGCAUCCCUUGACCCUGCCGACUUCAUGGCGGCGCACCGCCUGGCACUCACCGGCCCCUCUGUUAGGCAAAAGAUGAUGCUGAAGCACCUAGCCGCCACCGACUUUUAUCCCCUCCCAGUCGGGACAAUGGUACCACAAUUUGUUGCCGCAUUAAUUGCCCACAGUGGACCCCCCCGGCCAUGCCACAGAAGCUCAGGCCCUUUGCACACAGGUUUUUUUUUUUUUUUACUAUUUUAGUAUAUCUGUACGUAGCAUAUAUCCCCUGUUGCGCCUCUCCUCUCCUCCCCCCCCUUUUUUUCGGGUUAGUUAAGGGACAGGAAGUGAUAGUUCCCGCCCGGGGUUUUGGGUGGGCUAUGGGAGCUACUGGGGGGGGGAAGGGGAGGGGGAUGCAUGGGGGGGACCUGUACACACUGUGCCUGGACAGCACCUGGGGGGACUCUGGGCAGGAGUUGGUGGGGCUUGCUGGGGGGGAGGCUGGGGGGGUCUGCAGUUGGUGGGGCUAGGGGGGUGGGGGGACCCGACUGGAGAGGGGGGGCUCCCACCCCGAGACUGCUCGUGGAGACGGGCUUGCAACGCUCAUCUGCCCUCGCCACUGGACUGGGAGUCUACUGAGCGGCAGGAGGCCGUGAUACAGACGAGAUGGGACCCGGACCUGUGUACUCCCCACCCAGACUGCUCCUUAGCACAGAAUGGCCAUAGACAGUCGCAGAGGGCCAGGGGGGAGGACACGGGGAACCUCUAUAGAUAUAGGACAGGUAGCUCCCACUUGAGGACACACCCAUCCUUCACUCCUGCCCGCACUGGGCCACACGCGCACCCACAGACAGACUGUAACACACACUAGGACGAGGGACAAGGAGGGUGGUUAACUUAAGGGACGGAACACCCAGAUCGGAUUCACCCACCUAGACAGUCAAGUCUACUUUUGUACAUAGUUUCACUGUUGUGAUUGUUUACAUUGUUUGACCCACUCGCCCUGCGCCAACAGGGGCUGCCACCCCGCCACGCACCCGCGUGACAUCGCACCAUACGUGGGCCCCCCGCAUAGCAUGAGCGCGCCCGGGCUCCUCACCCUUACCCGCCUCCUCCUCCCCCCCCGCGUCACCGCUCUAGACCCCAUGCCCUCCCCGGGUGCUGGGGGGUUCGCCCCGGCGCCCCUUCGCCUCUGGUCCAACAAUGUCAGGGGCCUGAAUACGCCGGAACGGAGGUCACACCUGCUGGGAGCAUUGUGGGCGGCUAGGGCAUCGGUGGCAUUUCUUCAGGAGACCCAUUUCCAGGGGGGAGAGGCCCCGGCUCUCAGAGAUUGGAGGUACCCCAUGGGAUUCUUCGCCAACCACAGCGACUCCAAGAAAGCAGGAGUGGCUAUCCUCUUCGCUAGCACUGUGCCCUUCAUCUGCCUAGAGGAAAAGGCCAACCCGAAUGGGCGCUACUUGUUCCUUAAAGGCACGAUAGUGGACCGGCGCUACACCUUCGCCUCUGUGUACGCCCCUAAUGCCAAACAACAUCGCUUCCUCGCUAAAACAGCACGGCUGCUUGAGGGUUUCCGGGUUUCUGAUCCUCGCGGGCGACAUCAACGUCCCCAUGGACCCCCGCAUAGACACUUCGAGGGGUGGUAGCUCACUGUCGGAAACCUGCCUCCGGGUCUCCCAGACGGCACUUCGAACGGCGGGGCUCGCGGACGGAUGGCGUGUCCUCCACCCGGACGCGAGAGAUUAUUCCUACUACUCCCCGGUGCAUUGCGGACACAGCAGGCUAGACUACAUCUUCAUCUCCCAAGAGUACCUCCACCUGCUGCACUCAUGUGAGAUCCUUCCUGCCAACUGGUCCGAUCACUCCCACACGCCGGCACUGGAAGCUAAACGACCAACUGCUUGCUGACGCUGUCACCCUUGCGGACGCCAAGACUGUUCUCCGCCAAUACUUCAAUGAAAACGACCCUACAGAGACGUCGCACCUGACCCGCUGGGAAGCGCAUAAGUGCGUAAUCCGGGGAUACUUCAUCAAGGUCGGCACAGCACGAAAGAGGGAGUCACGCAGGCUCUUAACGGACCUUCAUGCGCGGGUCGCCCAAUUAGACCAAGAACACAAAACUACAAACUCGGAGGAAGUAUACAGAGCGCUAUUAGAAGCACGACGGGCCCUACAGCACCAACUGUCUAAACAACUCUCACACUCAUUGCGGAAAUCCAACCGCCAUUUUUACGAGUUCUCCAAUAAGUGUGGCCGUCUGCCAGAAUGUUGCAGCAGAAACGCCGCCAGAGCCACAUAACUAAAAUCAGGACGCACAGCGGUCCCCUUACACAAGUGCCUGACAAGAUAAUCGGGGAAUUUCGAGACUACUAUGCUAAACUCUACAACAUUGCACCGGAUAGGACAGCCGGGGAGACACAAAGGAGACAAACGAAGACACAAGCUUACUUAGAUCAACAUGUCACCCGGACUCUCACACGCGAACAAAGUGAGGAACUCGAAUUCCCCAUCACGAUUGAGGAACUCCAGGGGGCCCUAAAAAACACCCCCCUCGACAAGGCCCCGGGACCAGAUGGGCUCCCCCCACGCUAUCUUAAGGCAUUUGGAGAGAUACUGUUACCGGAGCUAUUGUCGGGCCUGAACUCGCUUCUGGAAGACGGUAGGUUCCAGGGGGACACCCUCCUGGCCACCAUAACGGUCAUACCCAAGGAAGGCAAGGAUCCGGCCGCGUGCUCCAGUUAUAGACCAAUAUCGCUACUAAACUCCGACCUUAAGCUUUUUACGAAGGUCCUAGCGACCCGCAUAGGCCGCCUGGUCUCUACGCUGGUCCACCCGGAUCAAACUGGCUUCAUCCCGGGGAGAGAAGCCAAGGACAACACGGUCCGGGCCCUUAACAUCAUGUACUCACAACAGCGCUCCGAGCAGGGUAGCCUUCUCCUCUCCACCGACGCUGAGAAGGCCUUUGAUAGGGUGGACUGGAAAUUCCUCCAAACCACGCUCCGGACGAUGGGUUUCGGCCCUAACAUCCUGUGAUGGAUCGCAGCGCUCUACGCGACCCCAACGGCCCAGCUCCGGAUCAACGGAGUCCUCUCCCCGACAUUUGAGAUAAAAAACGGGACCCGGCAGGGGUGCCCCCUGUCCCCCCUCCUGUUUGCCCUCUCUCUGGAACCAUUUCUGGAGGCGGUCAGACGGGAUGGGGGUAUUACGGGGCUCACCCACGGCGGCCGGGAACAUAAGGUGGCGGCCUACGCGGAUGACCUCCUCUUCUUCAUAGGAAGUCCACUGGUCACAAUCCCCAACCUACUCUCGGCAUUCGAUGCGUUUGGAGCCCUCUCCAACCUGAAACUCAACGCGACAAAGUCUGAAGCCCUUCCCACGACCCUGACACAUGAGCUGGCGGAACACUUGCAGGCUCGCUUCCCCUUUCGGUGGUGCCCACACCGAUUAAAAUAUCUAGGGAUCUGGCUGACGAAGGACCUGACCCAGCUCUACCAGGAAAACUUCCUCCCCAUCCUCCGCACACUCCACACGGACUUGAUGCGUUGGGAAGCUCUGUGUGUCAUGGUUCGGGCGGAUAAAUGCAGUGAAGAUGAACUUACUACCACGCCUGCUGUACCUGUUCCAGACCAUUCCAAUAGCUCUCCCGCAGGCCUUCUUCCGAUCCCUGGACUCCGCGAUACUGAAAUUUGUAUGGUCGUCGGGCACCCCAAGAGUGAGGAGAGCGCAACUCAUCCUCCCAAAGCAUCGUGGAGGCACAGGCCUGCCGUCCAUCCAGGGAUAUUACCAGGCCUCCCACCUCUCCCGCAUCGUCGACUGGCAUGUGUCAGUCACGGACAAACAAUGGGUUCAGCUGGAGCUGAUGUGGGCGAAGGGAUGGAUUCCGCCGGUGGUUUGGACGCGGGCCCCGAUGAGAGACUAGGAACUCAGACGCCGCCCCUUCAUUGGGGCGACGCUGAGGAUAUGGUCGAACAUCCGCUACAAGUUGCAGCUCACGACCUACCCCGCACCCUUGACGCCGGUUAUAUACAACCCCGACCUGGCUGAUGGACUGCGAACGCAGGACGUGGACGGCUUCGGAGGGAGGGAGGCCCAGCGCCUCCGGGCGUGGUGUACCAGGACGGGGAUGAAAACCUACUCCGCUCUGACAGCGCAAACCAGGCCCACAGGCCUACUCCAAUUCCGUUACCAACAAGUUAAGCAUUACUACGCCUCCCUCCAAGGGAAACAGUUACUGCACAGAGACCCCACGAAAUUCGAGACUUUCUGCUCCAGCGAAGAACAUUUGACCCGCGGAAUAUCGAUGCUCUACACAAUGCUCUUGGCCGCUGACCAGGGGGCGCCGGCGCAUUUCCACGCUAAGUGGGAACAGGCAACGGGGGUCGCACUGACGGACCAGCAAUGGGAGAAGAUCCACAUUCUCACGCACCAAGGGAUACUAAGUACCAAAAUGAGAGAACUUAACUACAAAGUCUUGACCUGCUGGUACAGGACCCCGUCCAAACUGAGAUCCAUGGGGCUGACAUCUGACGACUCAUGCUGGCGAUGCACAGCCGCUGAAGGUACAGACCUGCAUGUCUGGUGGACAUGCCCUCGGAUCACAGGUUACUGGCAACAGAUCCAUGACAAACUCGUGGAAAUCUUAGAAGAAGAUAUCCCCAUGGAACCUAUGCCCAUGCUACUCAACCACACACAAAUGCCAAUACCACGCUACAAAAAAUCUCUAAUUCGGCACUUCCUCAAUGCCGCCAAGAGCCUGAUCCCCGCCAGAUGGAAGUCGACAGACAUUCCCACUCUAUCCCAAUGGCUAGAUAAGGUAGACGAAAUAUACACAAUGGAGACCCUCACGGCUGAACUACGGGGAACACAGGAACGCUGCACCCGACUUUGGACCCCCUGGAUCACCUAUAUGGCUGACCGGGGGCGGGGGGCGUCAGCCCAUCAGGGACCUGGGAGAGAGGCUGGGGAUGGUUAAUGGGACGCGGGCCCCCCCCCUCCCCUCCCCCCCCUUUUUUAAUCCCCGUUCCCGCUCCCCCUUUUCUCCCACCCCUUCCCCGCACCGGCACCCAGGGGGACCCAGCUCACUCCCCCCAAUUAAAACAAAGGACCCAGUACAUUUGGCCUGGACCCCAUCCUCACAAGACUAACACCGCACAACCCAGAUUCAACCAUGAUAGGGACCAAGGGAGCCACACACACAACGCAACCAAUCCAGCCCACAUAGGCGGUGAUGAGCUAGGGUGAGAUUGAAUAGGGAGAGACGCACUCGAUGCGCACAACUGGACGGAUGCCCAAAGGGGAGCUCGCUCCGCACGCACUGGCCCCGGGGGGCGGCUGGGGGUCCCUGGGGGGCAGGGAGCCCACAUGACACCACCAGGCCCUGACACCUGACAGCCCCCAGAGGGAUCCAGAGGGCCCGGACGUGGCCCCGACUCGACCACCCAGGGGAGUGGCCUGCUCACGAACCCCCUAUCCCCGGCCACGACCCAGGCGACGCAGACGACCUAGGGGCGUCCCUUUCUUUCCAGGAUGGCGCAGGGACGCUAUAACACCCAGACCCACACACCUAUCACCCCCCACAGAGGGGGGAGCCCGGCCCGCGCCUCGAGCCAAGGUACCCCAACCCAACCGCGCAAUGAGGCGCACCCUCACCUAACUACCGCUUUACCCACAACCCUCCCCGCUUGGGGCCCGAGACUGGGGGGCGGGGGCGCGGGAUGGAGGGAGGGGAAUGGGAGUAACGGCACCUCUAUCAGCCCUUGGGGGGCUGUCCCUGCCGCCCGGUGGGAACCCGGCCGCCAGCCGAGCCCUGAUAGCAGGCUCGUACCUCAGCAGGGGGGGUGAUAUGAGAAGGGAUAUGGCAAAAGGGAUCUUUAGCGAAACACUGUUACGGAAACAAAUGUUUGUACUGUUACUUCUUGUCAAACCACAAAACUAAAUAAAGAAUGUCAAAAAAAAAAAUGUGAAUAGGCAGUAUAGGAGUUGAUGACACUUUGUAGGAAUGCAACAUUUUAUAUAUCACCAAAAUAAUGCCUGUAUGUUGGAUUAUUUUAUUACAGUUAUGUUAAAUAUCUCUGCUGUAAAUGGCACUGAUCUUUGUAAGUAAUAGCAGGUUGUUCAUAACCUAUAUUUAGUAACUUUGAGGAAAAUAAAUGUAUCUACCUCUGUAGUGAUUGCUAUUAGCCCAAGUGCUGCACCUCAGUCGUGAAGUUUAGUCAAACUUGCCCAACAUGAAGGCCUUAAUUGGUAACCCUACAGAUCUUCACAAAAAUGGCAGACAACUCCAAUCUCUUUCUCACAAACAUGCUCUGUGCUUGGGAAGAAUGCAUCUUUAAUAUUGAUACAUAUUUUUCAUUCAGUACCAUUUACUUAAUGUGCACUGUUCCUUCUAAUUAUAUAACUGUAACAAAAUGGGUUAGAAUAUAUAUUGUGCUUUAUAAAAGUAACUAUAUAAUUAUCACAAAGGCAUUUUAUUCUAAAUCUUUUUUUUGUCUCAAGUUCUGGAAGGACUGGUGUUUUUAUUGUGUUGGAUCAGAUUAUACAACAAAUCGAGGAAGGAAAAACUGUGGAUUUAUAUGACACUGUGUACAACAUACAUACCCAUGGGCCACAAAUGGUGCAAACCGAGGUAGGUAAACAUUUAAUUUAGCUUUCUGCAUUCAGAGAAUUCUCUAAAAUGUUAAUUUAAGUAUUGCAUAUUUAAAUUUGCAUUAUUAUUUAAUGCUAUAGAGGAAUUCAUAACUAUUUUCAUUGUUGUUUAUAAAUACAUCUAUUUGCUACCUUCGGCAUUGUUGUGGUAGUGUUUAUGACAUGAUUUGCGAUUAAGAUAAUGACAAACAAUCCAAACAAGGCUCUUUCCAAUAAAGUGAAGAACAUGUUUGCACCCAGAGCUAGUUUUGGAGCUUCUGUUAGUGAAUUCCAUUGGGGUGCAUAUGGUUUUGCACUAUGAGAUGUUUUGUUUUUAGGUUAAUUUUACCUAGGCUAGAUGUGAACCUACAAAUCUGAAUUAAGUGUGUCACAGAGAUUGUCUAUGUACAUUUUGAAGUGCAGUACUGUUUGUGUGAUUAAUAUAAGGUUGUGAGAUAAAUGCACUAAUACUUUAUUUUGUGUUUUAGAACCAGUAUAUCUUCUUGCAUCAAUGUGCACUUGAUCUAAGUAAAACUGAAAAUGUAAACUUGGAUGUUUACAGUGAGAUAAACGACGAACCGCUGUAUCAGACGGUAGACAAAUCUAGAUACAAACCGUCUCAGUCAUCAUGAAGAUGGGAGAACCUAUGCAUACACUGAUGGUGGAUUAUCUCUAAU